AGCGAGGAGCGAAGAUGGCCACUGCGGCUUUGCUGCAUGGUUCCACUAAUAUGCGGUUGACUGAAGGCUUAGUGUCCGCUCUAAAGCUCGAGCGACCAGAGUACCUGCCAUCGCUCCUGGCGAACUACAGGGAACACGGCGGCGUGUCCGCGCAGAGCUCAGCAGCAGUCAGUGGACUUAUUGGACUCAGCAAUGGUCAGCUGUCCUCAAGCAAAACCAGGUUCGAAGGCCUGUGUUUGCUCGCUGUGCUCGUCAGAGACAGCUCCAGCGAGGUGUUUCAGCAGCACUGUCUCACCUGGUUGCGCUUGUUGCAGCAGGUCAUACAGUCCCAAGCGCCGUUGCCUUCUAUUCAGCUGGCCAUCGUCGUUCUCCAAGACCUGCUGCAGUAUUCCUCCCAGCUGCCGGAGCUCGCAAGGGAGGUCGGCCUUAACUCCAUUCUGGGGAUCCUGACCUCCCUUCUAGGCCUCAAGUUAGAGUGCCACCUGGUGGCGAUGGAGGGCAUGAAGGCCUGCAUGACUUUCUAUCCACGAGCCUGUGGGUCCUUGAAGGACAAACUUGGUGCCUAUUUCUUGUCCAAGAUGGACUCUGACAACCCUAGAGUGCAGGAGGUGGCCUGUGAGUGCUUUGGGCGGCUGCCUUGCUUGGGUGGCGUUCUGGAGAGAGGGGGAGGCAGUCGCAGAGCAGAGGGCUGGGCCAGUCAGGUUCACUGUUUGCUGGCUACAGCACACAGCCUGCUGGGACAGAUGUACCAAGGAGCGGAAUCAGAGGGGGCAGUCCAGUAUGAGGGACCUGGCAUGGAGCUGCCCUUACCCCCUCUGGAGGAGGCAGACCCCUUACUGAUGCUCCAGCUUCCACAGCGCUACAGGGCUGUGUGUCUGGCCCUCACCCAAACUCUAAGCAUGGACCCCAACUCUCCGGUCAGCCUACCUGUACAGAGCGUGCUCAACCUGGUGUGUCGAGCUCUUGCUGUCAGCUGCAAGAACAUUAAUACAUCUGGCGACGGCUGCUUCAAGUUACUCUUCCUGCCUUCUGUGCACAGUGAUACCCUGGAGGUCCUGUCCACUCUCAUCACAGUAGCGGGAAGCAGACUGCUGCAGUACAGCAACGUGCUGUCACGCCUCUUCUCCCAGACGCUGUCGGCAUGGAGCCCCCCGCCAGAGGGCAGUCCUGGACAGCAGAGGGCUUUCAGUGCAGUAAAGGUGUGUCUGUAUCGUACCCUGGAGCUUUGGGUACGGGUGGCUGGGGCUUCUGCUGGUAUACUUCAUGGAAGCCCCACCCACAACGAACUUCUACUUACACACUUGCUGGGUGACAUCACACCAGGGCCAGACUCUGUCAAGUUGCGUGCCGGACAGCCUGCUGUCUCAGAGCUUGUGGGGCAUGGUGGGAAGGCGGCGGCGGCGGCGGCACGCCGUGCCAAAGGGAUGGGCGAUGUUACUGGGGUCUCAAUUCAGAGAAAGGGGGAUGCGCUGGCCAAUCAGGACACCUGUGUUUCGGCUCUGAGAGCUCUCAGGCAGAUCAUCCUGAGCUGCGGCACUCUGCUGAAGGAAGACAUUCACAAGAGGCUCCAGGACCUGGUCCUGCCGCUGUGCGUGCGGCUCCAGCAGCAGCCAUGUGGGAGCGAUGUGGGAACAGGGAGCAGUCAGUACGGCAGUGCACCCCCUCGCCGAGAGCUUUACCGCCUACUCCUGGCCCUCGUGCUGACCCCGCCUCCUCGCUGGCCCCCACCUCUGCCCUGUGCCGUGUCUAUCUUCAGCCACGGGCGACGGGACCACAGCCUCACUGUCGCCUCGUUCUGCACCGAAGCCCUCGCCAUCUGCAACUCGCUGCUCCACCCCCGUGUUCCUUCCAUUGCUCUCCCUCUUCCCCCUCUGGCACUCAAACACACACCUGCUGCCCCCAACCUCACCCCCUCUCAGAACCCCUCUCUCUCCCUGCCCACUCUCCUCGGGGGUCCCACACAGGCAUCUCCCUUCCCGGCACGACACCCGCUUGGCCUGGGGCCUCCUAGCCUCCUGGCUCCCAUGGAGAACCACCUCCCCCUGCCCACACCUGUGCUGCCUCCACAGGCUGGCUCAACCCCUGCACCAGGUGAACUCCUUUCACCGCCACAGCCUGGCGAGUUGGCAGCUUUGGGGCCGAACGAGGGCCGGCGCCCAUUGUUUGUGCGCUACGAGAAGGAGGAGGCUGAAGACGUGGAGAUCUCCCUGGAGAGUGACUCGGACGACAGUGUGGUCAUCGUGCCUCCUGACAUGCUGAUGCAGGAGACACAGGAGCCCGCCGGUACGCAGCCCAUCCACCCACCACCAGGGGGAGCUGUUCCAGGCCUUACUGUGAGUGCAGCAAGUGAAACUGGUGCUGUAAAUAGCCCAAUUCCCAAUGAGCUCCCUACCACUAUGGCCCUUCCCUCCAAUUCCAAUGCUGUUACCACUUUCCCUGCCCAGAGCCAAACUCAACUUGUGUCUUUAGUCCCUCCACUCAGUUCUGGUGCCACUCAGCUGGCAGCGCCCUCUGUAAGCCUGGGAGACUCGCUGCCAGGUACACAGCUGCAGCAGAUGCUUCUGCAGUCAUCCCCAGCUGGACAAGCAUCGCAGCUGGGACUGCCAGUGCAGAUACAGCUUCAGACACAGCUGGCACAACCUAGCAGACAGCCGCAGCCACAGCAGAUGACAAAUGAAGAAGACCUAACAGUGAUCAACAUCAACAGCUCUGACGAAGAGGAAGAUGAGGAGGAAGAGAUGGAUGACGAUGAAAUUGGGGAGGAGGAGGAGGAAGAGGAGGAUGAACCUUUGGAUGAUGAAGAGGAAGAGGAAGAAGGGAGUGAAUUUGCAGAAGAGUAUUAUGAUGGGGAGGAGUUUGGUGACUAUGAGGAGGAGGAGGAGGAGGAAGAGAUGAUUGAGGGAGAAGAUGAAGAGGGAAUGAUUGAAGGAGAGGAGGAGGAGGAGGAGGCUGAAGAGCUGCCUGCACUGGAGACGGGUGAGGGGAGAAGACUUCUCCUCAGUGUGGAGGAAGAAGCAGUAGGGUCUGGAGGUGAGGGAACAAUGGAGAUAUUCUGUGGGGAGGAAGGAGGGGAAUCACAGGGGACAGGCAGGGAGACGGAAGAGCAACCUAGGUCAUAUGGACAGGACAGUGUCCAAGAGGAUGUCAAGCAGGCAGAUGAGAGGGCAGCUGGGGUUCUAGAGGAGCAGGGAGACAAACUUGUGGAUGUAGAAAGGGAGAGUGAAGCACUACAAGAUGGGAAGACAGAUUCACAGCCCCACGGAGCAGCUGGAGAUUCUUCACAGGAAGCUGAUAUCACUCAGGGGGAAGGAACUGUGGUAGAUGGACCUGAAGUGACCUCAAAGGAGCAAGAAGCAGCACAGGAAGAAGAUGCACCCACUGUUGAUGAGACCGCUGCCUCCCUUCAGGAGCCAAUGACAGAGUCCCCAGAGGACGUGGGGAAGGUGGACGAGAAGGCUGGAGAAAGACCAAGUGUAGACCAGCCACCAGUUGAGCUGAGAGAGGAGUCAAAGGAGCAGCUGAAACAAGGUCAGCAGAUGUUGGCUGGUCAGGGUGGCACAGUGGGUCUCGGCGAAGAGCGAGAGGACGAUGCAGCUGAAGAGAAUGUGGACGAUCUGAGAAGCAUGAAGAGAAAACGAGAAAUAAAUGAAGAAGGGGAAGGAGAGGGAGAAGUGCGGCCGAGCGUAGAGAAGAAGAAGCUCGAUGAGGAAGCCAUGGCUUCCAUGUUGGCUGACUUUGUGGAUUGCCCUCCAGAUGAAGAGGAGAAUGCCCGCUCCCCAGCACAGUCUGAGGGUUAGAGUGGGCUUAAGUCCUGGACUCAGACCCCAUUUCUCACACACUGCACCCCGGACCUUGGAAAAGCCACAGUAUUGAACAUUUUCAGGGUAACCGAACAGUCUAUCGUUGGACAUGUGGUUAUUCACAAUGGGCCCAACGUACUGUGGUAGUGGUAAACAUGUAAAGAGUUUUACUCACAUGUUGCGACUCUAAUUCAAUGGAAGAAAAUUUCUUCUACCCGGACUGGGUACUUGGACUGUGUCCUUGACUUUGUUGACCUGCGUGGGGAGUAUCCUAUAUCUGCAUGAACAUGUUUACUGAAAGAAAAAUUAAAACAAAUGAAAGUGUCUUUUUUUAUUUAUUUUUUUUUUUUUUUUUUUUUAAAUGGGGUUUAGUUUUUCAGGGACAUACCCUUAAAUGGGCUGUAGAAAGUGCCCUCAAUGUGCAAGCUGAUUUGGUAUCACAGGAUAUACUUUAAGGACUCCUUACAAAUUUCACUGCCAGUAUUUUUGGGAGUGUGGCUGAUUUCACAUGGUGUGUUGAACAUUGGACAUAAACGGGGAUAAUGUUCAGGCCUGAAUUGCUUGUGCUGUGAAGGUGAAAUCAGCCAAUACUUUGUAAAAGACCCUGUCCACCUCUUAGGGACCACAAGGCAUUGUCUAGGCCAUGGAGGGCACUGCUUACUUAAAGGAUUUGCCUAUGAGGUUACUUCUCGACUUCAUUUUGUUGCUGUCAUGUUCGCAUAUUUGUUCUCCUAUCGUUCGUCUUUUUAAAAAAAUAGAAGCAAAUGCAUUUUUUUGUUUGAUUUUUUUGUAACAAAGGAAAUAAACCUAGGGGAAC